AUGGCUGAUCAAGUGGUGGCUGUGAAUUUUACUCAUGAACAACAUCAGCAGGAAAGGGAGGGAAUUUAUGUAUUGAAUAAUAUUGAGGAGUACACUCAGGUGCCAAAAGAAAGUUCAAUGGUUAAUUACACUGAUCAGCAAUGCAAUAGUAACUUACCAGUUGCACCUCCAGGUAAGUCUUCUAACCAUGUCAAUCAACAAACAUUAGAUGAUGCUGAUCAUAGUCACAAUGUGACUCAAAUGCAUAGGGUCAUUGUUGAUCAAAAUGAAACCAGUUUAACUGAUAAUACUCUGAAAAAUAAGGCUUCUACUGUUCUGAAAAAUACGCAUCUGGCUGUGUCCAAGAACCUGCAAAGUGGUACUGCCACUGUUGUUGAUAAUUUUGUGCAAAGGAUAGAUGGUAAUACUAUGAAUUGUGAAGGCAAUAUGUUGAAAGCCAUGGGAGCUCAGUUGCAUCCUACUGCAGAUGAGCACCAUGGUACUGCUGCUACUAACCUUAUGCAGGUUCUAGUUUAUCUUGUUGAUCCUGAUGAUCUUGUAGAUAAGCACAAUGAGCAGGGGAACACAUCCAAUGGACAUGUGUAUACAAACAAACAUUCUGCACAAGUGUCUAAGGAUCCCAAUGUGAACCAGCAAAAUGUCCAAAGACCUUAUAUCCCUAAUAACAACCCCAUGAGAGUGUCAAACAACUUUGAAAGGCAUAACUCCAAUAAUACAGCUGCUGCUAACAUUAGAAACAAGCCUAGCCACACCAAUCCUAACCAGACUAUCACUCAAAAUAAGCCUUCUAGUACUAAUUUACCCACCCCUCCUAACCCUGUCAUCCCUCACACUUUAGCUACCAAGUUGAGAGCUCAAGAGGCUAUGAAAGCUGAUGAUAUUGAUAUUACCCCUCUUAAAAUCACAACAAAACAAGGAUAUCCUGCUGUGGUAUUUACAAAAGAAGAUUUCAUGGUGAAUCUAGCCUCUGACUUACAUCAGAACAAUAAUGGCCCAGGUAGGAUUCUUACUUCUAAUGUUACUUCUAACAAUUAUGCUGAUCUUGUUCCACAAGAUCAGCCCACUAACCAUGUCCAGCAGAACCAUGGACAACACCACCAACAACAUACACAACAGCAUAAAACACAAGGCUUCAUGUUACUUGGGGAAAGUUCUGUACCUCUCCAACAUAACACUAACAACAACCAUCAAAGGAAAAAUCAGCAGCAAGCAGAAGUCUAUGGGGUUGAGGAAGGGGGAAUACAGGAGAGAACUACUAAUCUGCAGGAAGGGACUACUAGGGGGAGGGAAUCUCUAUUGGUUGACCAUAGAAAAGUCUAUAGAUCCCCUGCAACCACUCCUCAGAAUGCUAGCAAUUUAAGAAUACAAGAACAACAAUUUAAUUCCCAAGAAGAAGAUGAGCUUAGAAGCAACAAUCUCAAUGAUAUAGUUCAGGGUAAUGUGACUAAUAUUCAGGUCAACAAGGGUCAGAGGCAACAAACUGAGGUACUGGUUACUGAACAAAAUAUGGGAGAGGACCAAACUCCUAAUAUCAGUAUGACAAAUCACAGUACAGAUGCGCAGAUCCUCAAUAACAAAUACACCUUAUCUCUUAGCAAGAAGAAAAUGGAUGCUAUUAAAAAGAAGCUUAUCAAGGAGAUGCAAGCAGGGCAACCAAAAAAUACAUCCAAUGAAAUUCAGGCCACACCUCUCCAAAUUCAUGAUUUAUCCAAUGAGAGGCAGGUGCUUAGUAAAGAAGACAGUUCAGAAGACUUUUCUGAUGAAUAUAGGGUCACUCAUUCUGAAGAUGAGGAAGAUCAUGACCAGUGGGAGGAUGAACAACAGGAAAACCAAUAG